AUGGCACAGGCAAUCUGUACGCGGCCGGCUCGACAGACUGCGGCAGCAGCUACCACAACGACGUCCGUGGCUUCGGCCACUUCUCAGACAAAGACCCAAGGCCAACAUGCUGCUAAUGGCCCGGUUGCCAAAACCAUCCCAAAGCCACUAUCUCUCUGUCAACCCCAGUCUCUAUUGCAGAAGCAAAGUCUUGCGUUUGCCCAGAUUAUGCUACACGCUUCACGGCCGGACUCAAACAUAUCGUAUGGUGACUUUGUUGAUGGCAGCUCUGGUUCAGAAGCUGAGGCCGGAAAACGUGGGCAGCCGUUGAAGAUAAUUCUACGGGGCUGUAACCCAAAGGCUGAUAGUGUUUUGAACCUGCUUGAACAUGGGAUUUUUGACGCUCUAGAAAAAAAUGUCCUUGAAGCAGUCCAACUUACGGUAUUCGUCGAUAAGGAGAACCCCUCGCAUGUUCUAGAAACCUAUACGUUUUCCUUUAACUACACAGAGGGAGGCAUCAAUGAACUCAAAAGGGGGCUAGAAGCAGUCUCUCUUGAGACGAAUGUGCUAACGACUGGAAUCAAAACUUUUCGAACCGCAAAGCAAGGCUUGGAGAUGAUAAUCCGGAGACUUAUAACUCUGAGCACUUUUCUCCCUAUUCUACCAAACAAACGAUUUCUGGAGAUCCAUCUUUUUUAUACUCAAAACUGCCCACAGCAGUACGAACCUCAUGGAUUCAAACCUACAACCCACGAUCAGAUAUUAUACCCUAGAGAUGACAGCUGGAGAAAAGAAACACAAUCGUGUGGUAUAAUGGAUGCUGGCUGCCACAGAGUUGGGCUUAAAGUUACUUCCCUUAAAUGUACCCGUGAGGAUGCGGAUGAUGAGGAAGCAGGGACAAGACAGAUUCCAGAUACCCUUAAAUAUUCGGAGAAAGUAGACCGGGAGAGUGAAGUUGGGCUAGUGUGUGAAGAGCCUUCAUCCCAAUCCCUGACCCAUGGCUCCGAUGAAAGAAGUUCACAGGAAUCAAUACAAGUUCCAGAAUCAACACAAAGGAGACAAGACGCCAUUACGAAGGGAAUGUUACAAAAAAUGCUUGAAGUACCACCUCCGGACAGUGAAUUAACACCAACCCAGGUGGAUUCCUACUUCGGCUCUAAUUCCUCAAAGACAACCUCAGGUGCUAAACCCUGCCUGAGCCAGGCACAGACAUCAAAAAUCAAGCAGAGAGUCAAUCUUUCACAAUCUACCCAAAUUGCCGGUGAUAAAAACCUGCAAAGUGGCAGGCACGAGGUUAAUUGUCAAUGCGGCUGGUCCGAGCCAGAGCCAGAUAUGGUAUAUCUAAGUGCCGUUGACCUUUCUUCAAGUUUGACCCAUUCUGAUGUGUUUCGAGCAGCUUGA